CACAGGCCGGGGGAGAGGGAGAGGGAGAGGGAGAGAGGGAGGCGUAAAUAUUGAUUCUCUCUACGUGCCGUACGCGCGGAGUGGUGGGUGUCCAUGAAAGGGGAAGUAGCAGAACACUUCAAUAUUACCGAAGCUAGCAAGAUGAUUGUCAUUGUUGUUUUUGUUGGGGUGCCUAUUGCGUCGUUGUUCAAUGUUUAUCCCAAGUCCUUGUUGUCGCUUGCUCUAUUGAUGCUCCACCACCACCACCGCCGCCAGGCCCUCCACCACCCUCAUCACUACCACGGCAAUUUUGACGUGGAAGAUCAAGAAACACAAGAGGAUACUGGACUUGGGGUAGUAGAAACCGGUUGUGUGGUGUGCCUUUGUCCUGUUUCUCCUGACGAUGAAUUCCGGGUUUUGUCCUGUGAUCACGGUUUUCAUGAUCAUUGCAUCGAGACCUGGUUGCAAUCUUGUUCGACAUGCCCUCUUUGUAGAACUCCAGUCACGGAUUUUUAUCCUUCUAGUGAGCGUCAUCAACAGCAGCAGCAUUUUUAUGAUGCUGUUCUCUCUUGUUUUUUCUCUCAGCUUUUCGUCACUCCUAACUCUGAGCUCAUGUCGGCUUUUAUCGAAAAUUCUAAUAACUCCCGCCCGUAAUGUAAUGGAUUUGGAUUUCGAUCCCUUCUACAAACAGGGGAAAAUUCCAUUAAUUGCGUCACAA